GGAACUAUCCAGCGCCAGGGAAAAUUUGCGGCUAAGGAAGCUUAAACGAUAAUCACUUUUAAUUAACUUCAACCCGAGCUCCGGAAGACCGGAAAAAGCUGCAAGUGGCUCUCGCUGUCAAGGUGACCGUACGGAGCGGUUUGCAGUGUGCCGUGCGAGUGCAUCACGGUCGGGUGCAACGUGCAUGUGGUAGCAAUCACACGGAACGUGUGAUUAAAUUUAUUCGUAGUCGCUUCUGGCUUCCGCUGCCGGUGAAUCGCUUUGUGAGUGCAAUUUCGACGCAAACCCCGCUAGAAAAGAAAAACUCACCACUGUGCGCGGAUUGGUGGGUGAUAGUUGAUUCUCGAUUUGCAUAAAUCAUUGCCAGCUACGUGACAUUUCAACAACGGGCCAACUCGUGCCGUGCCGAUGGUGUACCAACGUCGGACCAGCAGCGGACUAGCGUGGCGGUGGCUUUACUUUGUUCUGCUGGUUGCAAUAAGUCAUGGCGGCGGUACGGAAGCGGCGGACGGCGAUGAAUGGUGGCAAAGGACCGUUUUCUAUCAAAUUUAUCCACGUUCGUUUAUGGACUCGAACGGUGAUGGGGUAGGAGAUUUGCGCGGGAUUACGAGCCGCUUGGCGCAUCUCAAGGAUGCCGGUAUCGGUGCGACCUGGCUAUCGCCCAUCUUUCUUUCGCCGAUGGUAGAUUUCGGGUACGACAUCGCUGACUACACCGCCAUCCAGCCGGAGUACGGAACGAUGGAAGAUUUCGAAGCACUGGUGGCGGAAGCGGACCGGCUCGGUAUCAAGAUUAUUCUUGAUUUUGUGCCCAACCACACGAGCGACCAGUGCGAAUGGUUUCAGCGUUCGGUAGCGCGUGAAGCACCGUACACCGACUACUAUGUGUGGCAGGAUGGUCGCGCGGAUCCGUCCGGCAGUAAUGGGACCCGCUUGCCACCAAAUAACUGGCAAUCGGUUUUCUACGGUUCGGCCUGGACGUUUCAUCCGGUGCGUGGUCAAUACUAUUUGCAUCAGUUUACCGCCCAGCAGCCGGAUCUAAACUUUCGCAACCCGGCCGUGGCGGAGGAGAUGCGGGAGGUGUUGCGGUUCUGGCUGCGCAAGGGAGUCGCUGGCUUUCGCAUCGAUGCGGUAAAUCAUCUGUUCGAGGUGGAAGGCUUUCCGGACGAGCCGGAAACGGGCACCGACCGGGAUCCGCUCUCGUACGGCUUUACGCACCACAUCUACACGAAGGACUUGCUAGAAGAUUACGCUAUGGUGUACGAGUGGCGAGAGCUGCUGGACGACUGGACACGGGUGCACGGUGGGGACAGCAGUAUUAUUAUGACAGAAGCGUAUGCAAACAUUACCUUCACGAUGAAGUACUACCGUUCUGGUGAGGAACUUGCCCACGCCCGGGAAGGAUCCCACAUGCCCUUUAACUUUCUGCUCAUCACCGACCUGAACCGUGACUCGAGCGCUCAAGAUUUUGUGUUCACGAUCAAUAAAUGGCUUACGUAUAUGCCACGGGUCGGUGCCACAGCUAACUGGGUGCUGGGCAAUCACGAUCAGCCCCGGGUCGGCACUAGGUAUGGGACGGAGCGGAUUGAUGCGAUCCAUACGCUGCUGCUAACCCUUCCGGGCAUUGCGGUCACGUACUAUGGGGAGGAAAUCGGAAUGGAGGAUAAUCCGGAUGCGAUCGGUAGCAGCGGCGGGGGUGAUUCUGUCACCGGUGGAGGUGAUGCGUUUAUUGUGUUUUCGCGCGAUCCGGAAAGAACUCCAUUCCAGUGGGACGACACGGCGAACGCAGACUUCACCACCGGUCCAACCACCUGGCUGCCGGUUCAUCCGAACUAUCGGCAGCUGAAUCUGGCGGCGGAGAAAGCUGCCGACCGUAGCCAUUACAAAACCUACCAAGCGUUGGUACGCUUGCGAGCACACGAAACGUUCCGGAAGGGUUCGGUUCAGCUCGUUCCGUACUCGAACAGCGUCAUCGUGUACGUGCGUGAGCUGCAGGAUAGUGACACGUUUGUGGUGGUGAUCAACCUGGCAGGCGGUGGUACCGAUCGAACGGUCGAUUUGCGCUCAGUUUUUCCAAGACUUUCGUCCGAGCUUACGGUCGCGUCGAGUGGGUCCGUGUCUCGCUAUCGGCCCGGAGAUAUUGUGCAGUCGGACAGAGUGGUCGUAGGUGGAUACGAGGGCCUGGUACUACGUGGCGUGCCGAUGACGUCGAGACCACAGGAUCGCGAUACGCUGGCGGGUACAAAUUUAGCUGUCCUUUGGCGCACAGUGAAGGACGCUGCAGUAAUUGCGUCCAUCAUAAUUGCGCUCGGUUCCAGCUUGUACGGGCUUCAGCCAUGGCAUGGCAUCGGCAAGUGGACUGCCCGCGGUAGUUUAAAAAAAUAAUGACAACGCGCCGGGCGGAACCUCGUCGGCUCGUAAGCACAUUAAGGACACGGGAGGCGAGCAUUUGUGUUGCGUUUGAAAGUGGCGCACACACUCACACACAGAGAGAGCCCUAAGGAGAAGCGGCGCAAGUGCAAAGAAAAAAAGAAAAAAAAAACAAAUGGAUGGAAAUGUUUAUGUUGUGCAGGAAGGAAAGCAGUAAAAGAGAAAAACACGAGUCCUGCAAUUCAAAUAA